AUUCUGUAUGGGGGCCCAAAAGAUCUUUGGGAUACAAGCCCAUUAUAUUUGGUUGAUUUGGCCCUACAGAGUCCGUUACAGGCGAAGAUGACCGCUGUACAACUGCCGAAGCAGAAGGUACACGUGCUGGAAGGACACGCCGGAGCUGUUUUGGCAGCGAGGUUCAAUAGCAAUGGCGAGUAUGCCCUGAGCUGCGGCAAAGACCGUACUAUACGGCUAUGGAAUCCUCACCGUGGAAUUCACAUAAAAACUUACAAAGCUCACGGCCGUGAAGUCCGCGAUGUCCAUGUCACUCAGGACAAUUCAAAACUUUGUUCAUGUGGUGGCGAUCGACAAGUAUUUUAUUGGGAUGUCUCAACAGGUCAUGUAAUUCGCAAAUUUCGUGGCCAUGACAGUGAGGUGAAUGCUGUGAAGUUUAAUGAGUAUGCUUCUGUUGUAGUAUCAGCAGGAUAUGAUAAAUCAUUGCGUGUUUGGGAUUGCAAAUCUCGCAGCACUGAACCAAUUCAGAUCAUUGAUACCUUUCUAGAUAGUGUCAUGUCUAUUUGUCUCACAAAAACUGAGAUAAUUGCUGGAAGUGUUGACGGAACUGUUCGAACAUUUGACAUCAGAGUUGGUAGAGAGAUAUCUGAUAAUUUGGGUCAGCCUGUCAACUGUAUCUCUCUUUCAAAUGAUGGCAACUGUAUCUUAGCAAGUUGUCUAGAUUCAACCCUUCGACUUCUGGAUAGGUCUAGUGGCGAACUAUUGCAAGAAUAUAAGGGCCAUAUUUGCAAGUCUUUCAAAACAGACUGCUGCCUUACAAACAGUGAUGCACAUGUGGCUGGCGGCUCGGAAGAUGGCUAUAUUUACCUCUGGGAUCUGGUAGAUGCGUCAGUUGUAUCCAGCUUCCGAGCGCAUGAUUUAGUGGUAACUAGCGUAAGUUAUCACCCAAAAGAAAGCUGCAUGAUAACUUCUUCUGUAGAUAGCACAGUCCGAGUUUGGAAAGCAUGAGAUAUGGAACCAAAAGAGCAUCUGAUCUUUUCCUGAUAACCGCACAUGAAGAAAGUUGUGUACUCGAAUCAAACCAACAGUUUAUGAGAGAAUACUGCUCACUUAGUUGGGCAUGAGAAUUAUCACAAAGCUAAUACCUCAAUGCCAUCACAAAGGUGUCAAUCUGGGGUUUGUACUUACAAAUUGGUGAGCUUGAUUUUUUCUAUUUCAAGUUUGUAACUACUUUUUACGUGGUGGCUCUAACGUGAUCGUUCAUUCGUGAUAUGGUUGUGCUGUAGAACUUAUUAGAGAAUUUUUUUUUUCAACCUCUGAUUUCAUCUUUUCUCCCCAUAUUGGGGAGGGGUGGUGGUUUUCACAUAGGAUGAUGUAGCUUUUCGAAAGUACCCUUUUCACUUGAUUGUGUAAACAUGGAAAGUAACUCCUCUUAACUCAAUGAUAAAUAUCAAAACAAAGAUUUAGACUA